AUGAAGGACCCAGCGUCGUGUGCUGCGCCAUCGUCAUCGCCUCCUCCAACCGCUGCGGAAUCAAGCUCGUCCGGACCGACUACAUCUAGAUAUACAUAUCUAUCAGAGGCGGCGACUGAGAAUCCUAUCCUUCGCCUCCGACCUCCUAGGACCCUUCCCCCUUGGAUUGAUUCGUACGAGGAGAGAUACGGACCCGUUAGCGAUGAACAGCUUCGUCUUUUGCAACCACCAGCGCGUAUCGUGCAGCAUCAAACCAAUUUUUCUCCAAAUCCACCUCAACGCCGUGUCUCCAAAGAUGGCUUCGUCGCCUGGGAUGAUCCGUCCCUAGGCCCAGCCCAGAGUUCUCGAGCCAAAAUCCCUCACUUCCUUCGAUAUGGACGCGCUUCUAUGCGCGGUAGAAAGUGGGAUCACUUGCGUUCCAACGAACCAGUCAUUGUCUCUCACUACAGACCAGCACCAACCCAGAGCAAAUCGUCAUGGUUUGACUUUGUACGGUCGUCAGCCUGGGGGCGGAUGCCCAAUGAAGAAUCCCAAGUUGUCGAUCAUCACGUCCUCGAUCAGCUCCAGCCGACAUUCAAUAAAGAGAUGGAUGUCCAGUUCCAUCACACAGACGUGCGAGUCAAGGACCAUCGAAAGUUGGCAGCUCUACCAAGGCAUAUAUGGAACCGGAUCAUGCGACAUCCGCUAUCGCCAUUUCUAUUCCGGUUGGGCGUAAUGGUGACUUCCAUCUUGGCACUUGGAAUUGCGGCUCGAAUAUAUCAGCUAGAAAACAGCAUGAACCAAAAUAGCAGCGCUGAGCGAGCCCAGGUAGUGGUUGCCAUCGUAGUGGACUGUUUAGCAAUUCCUUACAUUGGGUAUAUGAUAUGGGACGAGUAUACGGGGAAGCCACUGGGACUACGGUCGGCCAUGUCAAAGAUCUCGCUGAUUUUGCUCGACCUGUUUUUCAUCAUAUUCAAGUCUGCGAGCACAGCCCUGGCGUUUGAAAGUUUUAUAUAUCAUAAUGUGCGGCAGAACCAACUCGUCCAUUUGUCUGUGGCCUUGGCUGUCUUCCAGCUCAUUGGCCUCUGUUCCUGGUCGAUGACAUUUACAAUCAACAUUUUCCGAACCGUCAAGCGGCUAGGAGGCGGAGGGGAUGAUAAUGAUGGAAGUGGUGUAUGA